AUGGACGCUGCUGCCUCAGUCCGCCAGAAUGCGGCUUACCACGCCCAGCUGCUCGCCGCGAUUGCUGAACUGGACUACGUUCCGCCCGCGUUGGAGGAGCAGAGGAAGAUGAUUACGAGUUUGGCGGCCCAGGCGAGGGAGACGUUGCAGACCAUCCAAGUGCUGGAGAAGAAGACGAAAAAGGAGAGGAAGGAGCACGAGGCACUUAGGGACUCGACGACGAGACGGUUUGCGGCAAAGAUCACUGGGCGGAAGGAGAAAUUCGACGCCAAGGCGAGCAAAGAAGAACGGGAAUACAUCGAAGCACUAGAACGCGAGACGCAAGAGAAACGCAGGAAAGAAUCGCUCGAUAAGCUCAUUUCUGACGCUCAGGCUGUCAAACUUGAUUUGGAGAAUAAGUUGCAGCGAUAUAAUCUGACCAAGCAAGAUCUCGCGGAGCUGUACAGUAAAGUCUUUGAUGGACCCACACAAGCAUAUCCUGAAGAUGACCGACUGGAAUACGACCUUUCGAAUGCACAAGGACGUUACAACGAGAUCCAAGGCUAUCUAAAUCGUGAAUCACAAGCUGUCCAUCUGCUCAAGGCGGCAAACAGUGCGCUGCGAGGUUGUAGCAGCAAGAUCCAAGAAGCGCUAAGCUAUUCUACCUGGGACAUGUUUGGUGGUGGAGGAGUCAGUGACUGGAUGGAGAGGAACGCGUUGAGCUCAGCGGAGGGUUUGGCGACCCAGGCAGCGACAUACGUCCAGCAAGCCAUGCUUGCGUCCCCGCAGGUGAAACCAAUAGGUCAAAUCACUGUGGCCCAUGGUUCAAUAAUGUCGGACGUUAUCUUUGACAACAUCUUCACUGACAUGAUGUUCCACGACAAGAUCAAGGCCUCCCAGCGUAACGUUGAGGCCGUGCAGUACAAUUUGACAAAUGAGUUGGCUGACGCAACUGCUCGUUUGUCUGUAAUUGGUUCAGACUUGAGUGCGGCAGCAGACAUUCUGGCGACUGCGCGUCGGGCACUGGAUUCCUAUCGACGGGGUGUAUUUGAGAGCGCCUCUGGUGGUAUGGACAUCCCGCCGCUACCGUCCUAUGAUGGAGGGUCAUCAGGGGAUCGCGGACCAUUCAUAAUGCCACAGGCGGAAUUUCCACCACCAGCUGGGCCGCCACCAACAGCUUCUCCCGGAAUUUUCUCUCCGCCUCCUGGACCGCCGCCAACUUCAAGUAUGGCCCCACCGACCAAGAAUUACGAGCCACCGAUGAACCCUCCCCCAAGUGGCUCAUCUAACACCUCCAAGUGGGGAAGCCGCAAUCCUUAUGCAGCAGCGUUGGUUGCAUCCCCUCCGAAAAUCCCGGAGCCCUUACCCGACAAGCAGUAG